AUGGUUAACGUAGUGCUCGGCUCGCAAUGGGGCGAUGAAGGGAAAGGUAAGCUUGUGGACCUUCUGGUCGGCAAGUACGACAUCGUGGCACGCGCUGCCGGUGGGAACAACGCCGGACACACAAUCGUGGUCAAAGGCGUCAAAUACGACUUCCACAUGCUGCCCUCGGGAUUGGUCAAUCCAAACUGCCAGAACCUUAUCGGAAACGGUGUUGUGAUACAUGUGCCCUCGUUUUUCCAAGAGCUGGAGCAGCUCGAGUCCAAGGGUCUUUCAGAUGCUCGCUCUAGACUGUUCAUCUCGUCCAGAGCGCACCUGGUUUUCGAUUUUCACCAGCGCACCGACAAGCUCAGAGAAGCGGAGCUGUCGGGCAAUUCCAAGGACGGCAAGAACAUCGGAACGACCGGGAAGGGUAUUGGUCCCACUUAUGCUACCAAGGCCUCGAGAUCUGGUCUCAGAGUCCACCAUCUGGUCAACGACGAGCCCGAGGCCUGGGAUGAGUUUGUCACCAAAUACAAGCGUCUUGUAGAAACCAGACAGCAGCGUUACGGGCCCUUUGAGUACGACCUAGAAGGCGAGCUACAACGCUACAAGCAGUACCGCGAGCAGCUUAAGCCUUUCGUCGUCGACUCCGUUGUUUUCAUGCACAACGCUGUUCGCGACAACAAGAAGAUCUUGGUUGAAGGUGCUAAUGCCCUGAUGUUGGACAUCGAUUUCGGUACUUACCCCUUCGUUACCUCGUCUAACACCGGCAUUGGCGGUGUCUGCACCGGUUUGGGGCUCCCUCCAAGACUCAUUGAUGAAGUUUACGGUGUUGUCAAGGCUUACACUACCAGAGUCGGCGAGGGUCCUUUCCCAACCGAACAAUUGAACGAGUUUGGUGAGAAAUUGCAGGACAUUGGUGCCGAGUUUGGUGUCACCACCGGCCGUAAGCGUCGUUGUGGAUGGCUCGAUCUAGUGGUACUCAAGUACUCUACUUUGAUUAACGGUUACACCAGCUUGAACAUCACCAAGUUGGAUGUGCUCGACACUUUCAAGGAGAUCCCAAUUGGUAUCUCAUACUCGCUCAGAGGUAAGAAAUUAGACCUGUUCCCUGAGGACCUUAUUGCCUUGGGUAAAGUGGACGUCGAGUACGUUACUUUGCCAGGCUGGGAACAAGAUAUCACCAAAAUUACUGAAUACAAGGAUUUGCCUGAAAACGCUAAGAAAUACUUGAAAUUCAUCGAGGACUUUGUUGGUGUUCCUAUCGAAUGGAUCGGUACCGGGCCUGCCAGAGAGAGCAUGGUAUACAAAGAGAUCAAAUAG